AUGGCCCCUACUCUCACGUUUGGGAUUCUCACUGAUAUACUAGUCGAGCAUCUCCGUAACACGAAUCGGCCCUCUAUUCGAGAUUUUUUCACCACCAGGAAUGUCGCUUUCAUCAAGGCUUGCAUUGAAUUUUUCCGUUCAAUAGGGAGGCCGCUUUCUAAGUUCUUCCUCCUAGAGAUCGUUGCCAACAAGAAAUGCGGUGUUGAUGUCGACAAGCUGGACUACAUCCUUCGGGACUGCCACUACACCGGUUAUUCGUCUAUCGUCGACCCGUCUCGUUUGAUAAGUACCGCUAAGAUCAUGCCAUGCGACAAUGAGCUCAACCAGAUCUGCUGGCCUGCCAAGGCCGUCGGGAAUAUCAUCGAUCUCUUCCAACGCCGAGCGAACCUUCACCAUGACGUAUACCAGCACCCCACUGUUAUCGGGGUGGACCUCAUCCUCCGAGAUGCUUUCGUGAAGGCCGCCCCACACCUCCAAAUUCGAUGCUCUGAUGGCGAAUUCAGACCCCUCGGUGAAGCCAGCGAAGAUCCCGUGGCUUUCAGUCAUGUCACCAAUUGGCUUCAUCAGUUCAUUCAGCACGGCCGGCAUGUUAAGUUGGACGUCGACUGGGAUCAUCCGGACAUGUUGGAAGCCACCAGACUGCUCGAAAGCGUCAGCAACAGGGAGCUUUUCAAAGUAGCUGGUUCCUUCACUGAACGUUCUCCCGGCCAACGUGAUCUCACCAAAGCCGCUGAAGAGAUAGCGGCUCUCACCAGUGGUCAAGUUCAGGCUGGAGAGAUCGAAUGUCGGUCGAGAAAGAUUUCUUGGGGCAUGAAGGAUAAGAACCCGAUGGAAAACAUACGCUUCUAUGCAGAGAAAGGAUCUAUGCGGCUCAGUCGAACUGAGUUCCCUACUACAUUACCUCGAGCUUUUGAAGAUGCUGAGACUAUUGUGUUCCUGAAGUCACAGGAUUCGCACAAGAGACAAUCUACUAGAGCUGCUCUUGACGAGUGGCUCAAGCAGCAAGUGAGUGAAUGUUGCUCAGUUCGUUGA